AUGGUUUUCAAAAUCACGCGAGCUGCUACUGCAGCAGCAAGAAGAGCAGCUGCACGCAUGCGUGAGGCCGCGGAAUGUGCCUCUCACACCUCAGCAGCAGGCGAUUCGUCGCCUGUUGUCGUGAAUCGUCCGCGUGGUGAGUCACCACGUGCGACAGGUACAUCCGUUGCGUCUGCAGCGGGUACCUCGGGUCGUAAUCAAGACGAGUCUGAAAUAGAGCUCAUUUAUUCUGGCGAGAUGGAUGAUGCAUCCGACUCGAAGGCGAAUCCUCACGCCUCAGGAUCACCCGGGGCGGACACUGCAAGAGCCAGGUUAACUGGCUGUGGGGUACGUGGCGGUAUCAUGUCCGAGAUCUUCGGAUCGAGUGAUUAUUCCGACGAAUCUCCUCCUCACGCAAGUCCAUCCAACGCUAGGACGCAGGGGAAUGGUGGUGAUGCACCUAUACAUCUCCACGGGCGAAGUAACUCAAGGGAUCGGAGUAACACUGGUGUCAGUGCUCAUGCUGGCACCAAUCAAGAGGCCAGGGACCGAAAUUUCCUGCACCACGCUCCUCAAGCGAAAUCUCCUUAG